AUGAAGAAAGGGUUUAGAGCUUGCCUGAGGGAUUUUCUUGGUUUUGAUGGGGCAUUUAUGAAGGGCCCUUUCCCAGGACAGAUAUUGACUGCAGUUGGGGGUUUACAGGCAGCCAUUGCUCAGUUGUUUCCAUGUGCUGAGCACAGAUAUUGUCUCAGGCAUAUACAUGAUAAUAUGAAGAGAACAUGGAGAUCCAAUGAACACAAAGAACACUUGUGGAAUUGUGCCACAGCAACAACAGUCCAAGAGUUCAACCACUUAAUGAAUGAAUUCAACUUAUUUGAUAAGGAUGCAUAUAAUUGGUUGAAGCAGAUCCCCCAACAACACUGGGCAAGAAGCCACUUCACAGGGAGAGCAAUAUCAGAUAUGCUUUUAAAUAAUCUUUGUGAAGUUUUCAACAGCAAAUUGGUUGAAGGAAGGGAUAAACCACUAAUAACUUGCUUGGAGUACAUCAGGGAAUACAUGAUGAAAAGAAUCUGUAAUGUCAUCAAGGUGCAAAAUAAGUGUGUAGGGCCUCUAACUCCUUCUGCAACAAAGAUUAUGGACAAAAAUGUUUAUUUGGCAUCUCAGUACACAACUAGGUGGAAUGGUUCAGACAAAUACCAACUGAAAGGGCCAUGGCAGGAUCAACAAGUUGUUGACAUGGCAGAAAGGGUAUGCAGCUGCAGGAAGUGGGAAUUAACUGGCCUCCCUUGUAAACAUGUCAUAGCUGUCCUAAAUGAUAAAGCAGAUAAUGGUGAAAAGAUUGGAGAGUUACACACUUAUGUCCAUAGGGUGCAUUGGCUAGAAACUUGGAAAGCAGCUUAUGUUCAUAAGGUAGAGCCUAUUAAAGGGAGAGCAAUGUGGCCUAUAAGUGAUUGCCCAAUUAAAAUCACCCCUCCUCUGCACCAUAAUCAGCCUGGGAGACCCAAGAAAAAGAGAAGGCAAUCUGCAGGGGAGAGAAGCCAGAAGAAGGGAGAGAAUGGUAAUGGUGCUAGUGGGAGUCAAACUGAUGGGGCUAGUGGGAGUCAAACUCAUGCUGCAAGUGGGAGUGGGAAGUUAACAAGGAAGUUUAUUAGUGUGACUUGCAGCAAGUGUAAAAAUAAAGGGCACAAUGCUAGAACUUGCAAGGGCCAAGUAGGAAAUUGA